AUGACCCCAGGUUAUCCUGAGCAAGUGCUGAAAAGCUGCCAGACGGGGCCCAUUGCGACAGCAGAAGCGGCGGCGCAGACGGGCACGAAGCGGGAGGCCGGCGUGCAGACGGAGCAGGGCGCAGGUGCUGCCCGGGACUCCCUGCAAGAGGGGCCCGCGGACGCCGCUCGCCUGCUGGCCUUCCUGCAGAGAGUGGAGGACACCGUUAUCAAGGAGCUCAGUAAGAACUGCAGGAGCCAUGCCUUCGAUGGCUUCGAAGUGAACUGGACAGAUCAGAAUGACACAGUGUUGUGCUUGCACACGUUGUCAUACCCAGAGGCUCAGCAUCGAAAGCUGCAGGUCACCGGUGUCUCGUGGAACGUGACGGGGGCCGUCGUUGCGUGCUCGUACGGCCGGUUGGAUGAUGGGGACUGGAGCACAGAAAAAUCCUAUGUUUGUACGUGGAACCUGGACAGAAGAGGGUUGAACCCACAACGCCCUGACCUGGUGGUGGAUGUUCCCAGCUCGGUCAUGUGCCUGGCUUUCCAUCCCUCCCAGCCUUCGCUGGUGGCUGGUGGCCUUUUCAGUGGAGAAGUGGUGGUGUGGGACACCAGCAGAACAGAAGACCCCCUGAUCUGGAGGACGGGCAUGACAGACGAUACACACACGGAUCCAGUCUAUCAGGUUAACUGGUUACCAGCCGGGAAGCACAGGAACCACUUUCAGCUCUUGAGCGCAUCCACAGAUGGAAAGAUCCUGGUGUGGCGAGAGGAGCGCGACGGCCGGCUGGUCUUGGCCGAAGGAUUCGCCCUUGUGGCUCAGCAGAUCCCUUGCAGCAUUCGGCUCAAGAAGCUCGUGUGGGGAGAGACAGCCGUGGGCGUCACGUCGCUCUCUUUUUCGCACUUUGAUCCGUGCGUGUUCGUUGUCGGCGUGGAAGGCGGCUUUGCCCUGCAGUGCUCCACGGCAGCCAGGACUGAGGCUCUGCAGCGACCAGGCCGCUCCCUGCCCCUCAGGGCCCCGGCAGAACUCGCCUUCUCCCCGCACGGUGGCCCCCUCUACUCCGUGAGCUGCUCGCCCUUCCACAGGAAUCUCUUUCUGAGCUGUGGGACUGAUGGACACGUUCACUUACAUUCCCUGCUGCAGGCGCAGCCCCUCAUUUCUGUUCAGUUAUCAAAAAAAUACCUCUUCUGUGUAUGCUGGUCUCCAGUGCGACCACUGGUCUUCGCAGCAGCUUCUGGGGAAGGAGAGGUGCAGCUGUUUGACUUGGAGAAGAGUACCCAGAAAGCUGCCGUUUCCAUAAAGCAGACCCCAGGCGAGAGCCCUGUCUACUGUUUGGAAUUCAACCUCCGGCAGCCUCAGCUCUUGGCAGCAGGAGACGCCACCGGUGCCGUCAAAGUCUGGCAGCUCAGUUCUGACUUCACGGAGCAGGGACCCAGGGAAAUGAAGCACCUGGAGCAGCUGGCAAGCGAGGUCACCGACUGAAAGAGCAACGUAACCGGGUGCUGGAAGCCUCUUCCAACUCUGACUCCAGAAAAAG